AACUGGAACUACAAUCAUCUGAGUCCAACAGGAAAGUGACGCGAUGAAGUGGCUCGUGGUCCUGUCAGCCCUCUUGGCUUUCGCCGAAUGCUUCCAUAAGUUUCCUCUGAUCAAGGGAAAGACUGCCAGGCAAGAUCUGCAGGAGAAAGGACUAUGGGAUGAGUACAGGAAACAGAAUCCAUACAACCCCAUGGCAAAAUUCUACCAGGGUGGUUCUGAGUCCAUGACCAACGAGGCUGACUUGUCCUACUAUGGUGUGAUUUGCAUUGGCACCCCUCCUCAGUCCUUCAGCGUCAUCUUUGACACCGGCUCCUCCAACCUGUGGGUCCCUUCAGUCUACUGCUCCAGCCAGGCCUGCAACAACCACAAGAAAUUCAACCCACAGCAGUCCAGCACAUUCCAAUGGGGCGACCAGACUCUGUCCAUCCAGUAUGGCACCGGCAGCAUGACUGGACAUCUGGCCAUUGACAAUGUUGAGGUGGGCAGCAUCACAGUGUCCAAGCAGAUGUUUGGAAUUAGCAAAACAGAGGCUCCCUUCAUGGCUAACAUGGUAGCUGAUGGUAUCCUGGGGUUGGCCUUCCAGAGCAUUGCCUCUGACAGCGUAGUGCCUGUCUUUGACAACAUGGUCAAUCAGGGACUGGUGUCUCAGCCCCUGUUCUCCGUCUACCUGAACAGCAAUAGUGAGCAGGGCAGUGAGGUGGUAUUCGGUGGUAUUGACAGCAGCCACUACACUGGACAAAUCACCUGGGUUCCUCUGACCUCUGCUACUUACUGGCAGAUACAAAUGGACAGUGUUACCAUUAAUGGAGAGGUUGUGGCCUGCUGUGGUGGCUGUCAGGCCAUCAUUGACACUGGUACUUCCCUGAUUGUUGGCCCAACCAAGGAUAUCAACAAUAUGAAUGGCUGGGUUGGAGCCUCAACCAACCAGUAUGGAGAAGCUACAGUGUACUGCCAGAACAUCCAGAGCAUGCCUGAGGUCACCUUCACUCUCAACGGACAUGCCUUCACCGUCCCUGCAUCUGCCUACGUCUCACAGAGCAACUACGGCUGCAGCACUGGCUUUGGCCAGGGUGGCUCUGAGAUGCUCUGGAUCCUGGGAGAUGUCUUCAUCAGGGAGUUCUAUGUAAUCUUUGAUUCCCAGAAUCAGAACAUUGGCCUGGCCAAGUCGGUGUAAUCAAAUGAGACACCUGGUGGAUAUCUAUGAAUGUAUAUUCCCAGUGUAGGGGCUUGUCUGAUUGAAAUAAAUACAAAUUGUGCAAUUAGAGAUUGUAGCAAUACGUUUGAACAUAUGCCUUUGCAAUAAAUCGUUUACAGUAACUAAAA